GACAUCUGGUCAGUCUGAAUCCUCAGUGUCUUCUGCAGGUUCCCACACCACGGGACCUGGGAGCUCUACCACUACUGGUCUGUCUGAAUCCACAGUGUCUUCUGAUGGUUCCCAUACCACAAUUCCCUUAUCCUCCCCAACCACUUCUGGUCUGUCUGAAUUCACCAUGUCUCCUGAGGGUUCCCUCACCACACGCCCUGGGAGUUUUGCCACUACUUCUGGGUGGUCUGCAUCUAGUGUUUCUUCUGAGAGUUCCCACACAGGAGUUGCUGAGAGCUCUACAGCCCCAUCUAGCACUGGAGAGAUAUCUUCCAGCUCAUCUGGUUCAGUACAGUCUACCACUUCUGUCACUCAGAAAUCCACAGAUCACAACACAAUAUCUGAUUUUUCUCAAGUCACGGACUUGCCUACAUCGACAACUUCUCAAGAGGAUGGAAGUCCUGUGUCCACUUCAAGUCCAGCUGAAUCCAUUACCUCCUCCUCUGGUGAUGAAGAAAGGACCACGUAUUCUACUCCUGAAGCCACUGUGUCCACAAUAGUCUCAGCACCAUCAACAGAUACAGUCUCCUCUUACACCUCAACAUUUUAUAUACCUUCAAACUCUGAGGGACUUUCUACCACUACCUCCAGGACUGGACUCAGUACAACAACAAUUACUGAGAUAUCCUCUGUCCUUUCAACCAUUUCUGAAUCUUCUAUGUCAGCUUCCUAUCCCAGCCAUAGUAGUAGCCUAGCUUCCUCUUCAAUUCCCAGCCUGCUGUCUACCACCCCCUCUGUCUCCACACAGACAAUCACAGGCCUCACAGAGGGACUCACUCUUGCUACUUCCACCCCUGAUUCAUCAAAACCUACAGGCACCUUGAGCAGCACUGUUACUGCAGAGAAUGAAAUUUCUGCUUCAACAUCAAGGCCUGGAGAAUCCUUAACCACUUCCACUGGUGAUGGACACAUGACCACAUCUUCUUCUCUGGGAUCCACUCUCUACACCAGCUCCUCAGAUGGGUCCUUGCCAUCAUUCUCUACCCAUUCUUUGCACAGUACAAAUGGUGCAAGUCCUUCCUCAUCAAGCCCCAGUGAGACCUCCACCCACACUGUGGUCUCACCACACACCACCACGACUGCCAAAGAGGAGUCGACUUCUGGUUUUUCUUCUCCUGUGGCCUCCACUUCACCUGGCUCCACUGGAACUCCAGUCCCUGGAUACCGUACCACUUCAACCCUGCAACCCCCGUUCACUAGGACACAGACAACUGUAAGGACAACCCACUCUUCAACUACGACACCAUUGCAGUGCUACAAUAACGCCACUUGGAAUGGAAAAGAAUGUGUCUGUGCCCAAGGCUACUUUGGUUACCAGUGUAAAGACGUCAGGGAAUACUUUUUCAUAGAGACCCCCCAAAAAAUCAAUGCCACUAUAGACCUGAGAGUGAAAGUGACUAACAGGAAUUUCACAGAUGACCUAAAUGACAAAUCCUCUGAUUCAUACAAGAACUUCGUUCAAGUAUUCAAGAGUCAGAUGGAUAAAGUUUACAGGGGCAACAACUUUCCCCAAUACAGAGGCGUGAAUGUCAUAAGACUGCUUCCUGGCAGCAUCGUGGUGGAACAUGAAGUCAUCAUGGAGGCCAACUAUACUUCGGGGUACCUGGAGCUGUUUGAAAACCUCACUAAGAUUGUAAAGGCCAAGAUUAUGAAUGAGACCACACAGCUACACGGGAAUUCUAAAGACUGCAAAAACCUCUCACUUCUGUGCUACGAUGAGACGGCCACCAUCGUGAACCCCGUGAAGGUCGGCUUUGACCCGCAAGAGCAAUGCACCAAGAAUUCUGCGAAGGAAUUCGCCCAGUUCUACUACAUAGAGGAGCUGGAUGGGAAGCUGGCUUGUGUGACCAAGUGCACUCCAGGGACGAAGUCUGAAAUGGACUGUCACCACGGCACGUGCCAGCUGCAGCAAAGCGGCCCCCGUUGUCUAUGCCUGAACUCAGACACACACUGGUACUCGGGGGAGACCUGUGAAUCCAGCACCAGCAAGAGCAUGGUAUAUGGGAUUGUGGGGGCCGUGGGGGCGCUCCUGGUGGUCUUGGUGGUGGUCCUGAUCCUCCUACUCGGCCGAUCCCAGAGAAAACUGCACAGGCAAGAGCACGACAUGUCUCGAGAGUGGCAAGAUGCAGGCUACCCUGGCAGUUUUGAGAACACAAGCGUCUGGGAAGGUGAGGAUCUGAAGGGGGACACAUUUGGCCUUGAAAACAUCUACAGAAACUUCCAGCCCUCCUUGGGGAGUGUGGACCCCACUACAGAGCUCCACAUUCAGAAGCCCACAGUGGUGACCACUGCUCCGUGACGGGGACAGGGACUGCCACCCCUCACUCAGAUAUGGGUGAUGAGGCUGCGGCCAGCAGAGCCCUCCACGGCCCCAGGCUGCCAAGAGGAACCUGAAGUCUGAAGUCGUCAGGCCCGAGGAUGACCCUCUCAGGGCGAGCGGGCUUGCCCCGUCGUCACUGCUGUGCUCCCUCGCCCUCCAGCCAGGAGCCCGGAGGCAUCUCGUUUACUCCACUGGUGUUUACUCCACUGGUUUACUCCACUGGUGUUUACUCCAAUGGUUUACUCCACUGGUGUUUACUCCACUGGUUUACUCCACUGGUUUACUCCACUUGUGUUUACUCCACCUGUGUUUACUCCACUUGUGUUUACUCCAAUGGUUUACUCCACUUGUGACACCCAUGCGGGAAUUUCCUGCCAAUAAAG